GUUCUCUUUUUCUCUUCGUAUGUUAUUUGGUGUCAUUAUUCCCGUUUCGAUUAUGAACCUAUUGGUGGUAAUAAUGUUGAUUGUGAUGAUGGUACUCGCACUUUGUGUAUUCCAUGUGGAGCCUGUUCAGCAGGCAGGAAGAAGCUCCAGCCCUCGACAAAGAGCGAAUUCCAAGAAUGGCAGCAAUGUGAAGACAGGAAGCAGUGUGUCAUUGGAGAGGAUACGAGCUGCUCUUGGAGAGGAGGAAGCAGGGGAAAGAUUCAGCAGUGCACAGAGGGAAACGCCAGUUGACUUCACAAUUCCUGAGGGCAGUGGAAAGCGGAAGCAACCUCUACCCCUCAUCACGAUGGAGCAUCUAGAUGGUCCCCCAUCGAGAAGGUCAUCAAAGAGUUCAAAGAGGGUGUCAGCUAGCAGAGCUGGUCCCUCACCUAGAUUUGAUGCUUAUGAGGAUGCCAAUGGCUCGGUAAGGCUGGAAAAUCAGAACAGGCAUGGGACAAACAGCUUCGGUUUUGACAGCAACCUCCGCAACCCGUUCCAGAGCCUCACUGAUGAAGUGCUUGUUGUUGAAUCAGGAGAAUCACCGCCAACACAGAAGUCGCCGUCAGAUGCCCUUGGACCAAUGGCAGCACAAUUUGCCAGGGGAGAGGUGGCGAUAGGGCGAGAAGGAGCGGGAGGUGGUACAGGAGGAGGAGGAGAAGCUGGAGGAGCAGGAGGAGUAGCAGGGGAAGGAGCGGGAGGAGGAACCGGGGGAGGAGCAGAAGAAGCAGCGGGAGAAGGAGGAGAAGCAGGAGGAGCAGGAGGAGCAGGAUCAGCAGCAGGAGAGGGAGCGGGAGAAGGAGCGGGAGGAGGAGCUGGAGGAGUGGGAGCGGAAGAGACGCAGCAGGAGAAGGAGCGGGAGGAGGACGGGAGGAGGAGCGGGAGGAGGAGAGGGAGGAGGAGAGGGAGCAGAAGAGGAGGAGCAGGAGGUGUGGGAGAAGGCGCGGGAGAAGGAGCGGGCGGAGGAGGGGGAGAAGGAGCGGGAGGAGGAGCGGGAGGAGGACCGCGGGGAGGAGGAGCAGCAGGAGGAGUAGCAGGAGAAGGAGCGGCAGGAAAUGGGGAGUGGGAGUUAACGAGCGCAUGGAGGAAUUAUGGGAGGAAGCCCAGGAGGAGGACCGGGAGGAGGAGGCGUGGAGGAGAAGCAGGAGUUGCGGGAGAAGGAACGGAGAAGGAGCUGGAGGAGGAGCAGGAUGUUACAUGCCCAGUUGGGCGAUGUACCUCGAAGACGAAGCUGGAGCAACGGCGCUGCAGGGAUGAGGAGCGGGUGGAGGAGGAGCAGGAGGAGGAGCAGGAGGAGGAGCAGGAGGAGGAGCAGGAGCGGGAGGAGGAGCAGGAGUGGGAGGAGGAGCAGGAGAAGCAGCGGCUAACAAACAUGCGGGAUGCUGAAGGAAUGGAGAGAUCCCAUGCGGCCAGAUUCUUUUACCGUACCCUCGUUCUGGCAUCAACGCAAUAUGCCAAGGUGGAGCAGUCAAAGCCGUACGGUGACAUCAUCAUCCGUCCUGGGUGCAUGCUGUAGCCAACACACGAUUCCAUCCAGAGAACUUAGGAGGAAGGAUCAAGUGUCACUACGCAAUC